GUGUAUGAACUUGAGGAGUAGAGGUUCAUCAAGCCUUACUCCCAUUGUUGAAGACAUUUCUGCACUUGAGAGGGAGAUUGUGAGAAGAAGAAGGGAAGAAGAGCAACAGGCUCACAUUCAGAGGUUGGGGUUUGACAUGGAGAACCUGCCUCAAGAUAGAGCUGCUGAAGAUGGUCAAGGAGCUGCCAACCUUGGACCACGACAUCCACAGCGCCAAGCUAGAGCAAUUGGUGCCCAUGAUCAGCCUAACAUCCAUGGAAAUAGGGCCGGCAUUAGAGCACCAGCUGUGGAAAACAACAACUUUGAGAUCAAGUCAAGCUUGAUCAACAUGAUCCAAAGCAACAAGUACCAUGGGCUUGCUUUGGAAGAUCCUCUAGAUCACUUGGACAACUUUGAUCGGCUGUGUGGCACCAUCAAGAUAAAUGGUGUUUCUGAAGAUGCUUUGAAGCUUAGGCUGUUUCCAUUCUCUUUGGGAGAUAAAGCUCACACAUGGGAGAAGGGUCUCUCAAGAGAUAGCAUCCGAACAUGGGAUGAGUGCAAAGAAGCCUUCCUCACCAAGUUCUUCUCUAACUCAAGAACUGCAAAGCUUAGGAAUGAGAUUUCAGGAUUUCAACAAAGGAAUCUUGAAGGUUUUGGUGAAGCAUGGGAACGAUUCAACAGCUACAUUACUCAAUGUCCUCAUCAUGGUUUCACCAAGGAAAGAUUGCUUAGUACCUUCUACAAGGGAGAUGCAGAGGAGCUGGUGGAGAACAUGGCAAAGAGUGACUCAGUUUACAAUGAGGAGUAUGAUAGAGCCAGCAGAGAAAGGAGCCUAACUUUCAGUACAACAACUACCAGCCGAGGUCAUAUCAAAACAACCAGCAAGGAGGAUACCAACCUAAGCAAACCACUCAACAAGGGAACUAUCAGCAAAGGCAAAAAUGCCCCUCCUGGUUUUGGUAACACAAAUCAGUCUACUCAAGCUCAAGGAAGCUCAUCUCAGUCCAAGGCUCCUGAUUCAAACAUGGAAUCAAUGUUCAAGCAGAUCAUGGAAGCUCAGUCUAGAGUUGCAAAGGAUAUUGGGCAUGAGUUCAAGAUAGUGCACUCCAAGAUUGACAGUAGCUACACAGAGCUGAACAACAAGAUCAGGGCUUUGGAGAGCCAAUUUGCUUCUAUGAACUCUCAGCCUAGUCGCCAACAGGGAACCCUACCUGGAAAACCUGAGCAAACCCCCAAAGAAACAAUGAAGGCAAUCACUUUGCAAAGUGGUAAAGAGUUGCCUCCAAGAGUACUCACCAAGGAUGGUGAGAAACAGGGUGGGGAGGUUGCCAUCAACAUUGAUGAUGAGGUAGUUAUUGUUGAUGAGAAGGUUGAUGAGGAAAUUCUGGAAAAGAUUGUGGAAGCUAAGGGUAAAGGAAAGGUUGGACAGGAGAAGAGAACAGUGAAGCAAGGUGGAGCUACAUCAAAAGAUACUUCUUUUGUCCCUCCUCCCUAUGAGCCUAAGUUACCUUUUCCAGGAAGAUUCAAGAAGCAACUAUUGGAGAAGUACAAGGCACUCUUUGAGAAGCAGAUGAGUGAAAUGCAGAUUACAAUGUCCAUCAUAGAUGCCUUCAUGCUUGUUCCUCAGUAUAGCAAGUUCUUGAAGGAUGUUGUGGCUGCUAAGAAGAAAGAAAUGGAAGGAAUGGUGGUUCUUACUCAUGAGUGCAGUGCCAUCAUUAAGAGGUUGACAAUCCCUAAGAAGCUAGAAGAUCCAGGAAGCUUCACUCUACCUUGUGCCAUUGGUCCUCUGAUGUUUGAAAGGUGCCUAUGUGACUUGGGAGCUAGUGUUAGUCUCAUGCCUUUAUCUGUAGCCAAGAAGCUUGGGUUUAGCCACUACAAGAAGUGCAAACUCUCCUUGGUGCUUGCUGAUCGCUCAGUGAAAUUUCCCAUUGGAAUUUUGGAAGAUCUCCCUGUGAUGGUGGGAAAUUGUGAAAUCCCUACUGACUUUGUGGUGCUAGAGAUGGAUGAGGAAGCUAGAGAUCCUUUGAUCCUUGGAAGACCAUUCUUGGCCACAGCAGGAGCAAUUAUAAAUGUGAAGGAGGGCAAGAUUGAUCUUCACUUGGGUAAGUAG